GCGGCGGGGCAGCGCCUCUGCGACAGCGGGCGGCGGGGCGCAGCGGCUGCAGCCGGCCUCGGCCUCGGCCGCGGGGGGCGCCGCCGGGCUGCCGCGGCGAGGCGGCCAGGAGCGAUGAGGCACCUGAAGCGCAACUUCAGCGUCGUCGUGCUGCAGGGCGGCAGCGACGCAGUUGGUGGCGGCGGCGAGCCGAGGGCUGACAGCAAGACGCGGUCCCACUCCGCGGGCGGGCGGCGGCGAGGGCCAGCGGCGGCGCCGCAGCUGCCGCUGGCCGCUGGCCUGCGAGAGUGCGGCCUCAUGGACCCCCCGUUGCUGCCGCCGCCCUGGAAGCGCCCCAGCGUGGGCGGGGGCGCCGCCCUGGACGCGAGG